AGCAAAAAGCCGGGUUCAGGGGCAGGGUCCAGAAGGACCGGAAGCAAACGUUUACUUUCUUCGGCGCAGGCGCCGUCGGGCAAGUCCCAUUGGUGGUUGUUGGCCUGCGCUGUGGUGUGUCCCCGCCUCUUCUUGAGCCUUCUCAAAUUCUGUUUAGUGUGGCGUCCUCAGUUUCUCACCGUUCCCAGACGCUUGGGAACUGGAGAGGGCGUGGAAGAGGACUUUUUGUGCAGCCCCUUUAACCCCCGAACAACGGCCUAGUCCUUUAAUAACACCCAACAAUAGCGCCGAUCUCAGAACCACUGUGAUCCGGUUGUCUGAUGCUACUGAAGAGACCGAGAGGAGAAUGGUCCAGACCUUGCUGCUGAUUCUGUGCUGACCCGAAAGACAAGCUCAUGUUACAAUCAAAACGGUGCGCCUUCGAAUGGCAAGUUUCUUCUGCGAGGCUCGGGGCCGGACGCCUGCGCAAACUGUAGAGCCGAGCUAUGGCGACUGAACAUCCCCCAGCAGAGGGAGCACAGCAGUCGGCCCUUUGCUCUUCCACCCAGCAGGCAGGAGAACCGCAGAAACCCAACUAUGCUGUCAGAUUUACUCUUGAGGGGCACUCGGCGGCCAUAGCAUCAGUUAAGUUUAGUCCCAACGGAGAAUGGCUAGCAAGUUCUGCCGCUGAUACGCUAAUUAUAAUUUGGGGAGCAUAUGAUGGGAAAUGUAAGAAAACACUCUGUGGUCAUAAUCUGGAAAUAUCGGAUGUUGCCUGGUCUUCGGAUUCUAGUCGUCUCGUUUCUGCCUCAGACGACAAGACUCUAAAGUUAUGGGAUGUGAGAUCUGGAAGAUGCUUGAGAACACUAAAGGGACACAGUGAUUUCGUCUUCUGCUGUAAUUUCAACCCACCAUCCAACCUCAUCGUUUCGGGGUCCUUCGAUGAGAGUGUGAAAAUAUGGGAGGUGGAAACAGGAAAGUGCCUCAAGACCUUGUCUGCUCAUUCGGAUCCCAUCUCCGCCGUACAUUUUAAUUGCAGUGGGUCCUUGAUAGUGUCAGGGAGCUAUGAUGGUCUUUGUAGAAUCUGGGAUGCUGCCUCGGGCCAGUGUUUAAAAACACUCGCUGAUGACAGCAACCCUCCUGUGUCUUUUGUAAAAUUUUCUCCAAAUGGCAAAUAUAUUCUCACUGCAACUUUGGACAAUACUCUUAAAUUGUGGGAUUACAGCAGAGGCAGAUGCCUGAAGACAUACACCGGCCAUAAGAAUGAGAAAUACUGUAUAUUUGCCAGUUUCUCUGUGACUGGUGGAAAGUGGGUUGUGUCUGGCUCCGAGGACAACAUGGUUUACAUCUGGAACCUUCAGACUAAAGAGAUUGCACAGAAGUUACAAGGUCACACAGAUGUUGUGAUCUCAGCAGCUUGUCACCCUACAGAAAACAUCAUUGCAUCAGCGGCAUUGGAAAAUGACAAAACCAUCAAAGUGUGGACGAGUGACUUCUGAAGUCACUGGCAAUCAACCGGUGUGUGAACUAAGUCAAACAAUUGAAAGGGUGACUUCUCUGAAGUUUGGCGUGGUUUUGUAGCUCUUGUCAAAUUGUCUUUGAUGUUAUGAGUUUGAGACAUUUUAAUUUGCGAAAUGAGACCAGUGUAAAAGCCAGUCUAGGACCUGCGGCUUCUGAUCUUAAUUUUGAGGCCUGUUGUCAAUCUCAUGUCUUCGUCCCUGGA